AUGGACCACAUUCAGCGCUCCCGCUCGCCCUCGGCCGGCCACCACCGCCAUAUAAGCCAUUCGCCCUCGCCGUCGCAGCAUGGGAGCUUUCACGACAUUUCCGGUCUUGGUCUGGACGCCAACUCGCUGACGCCCGACCAGAGUGCUGCCUUCGGCAACGCCUUCACCGCUGGCCAGCUUACGUCUGCCUCCAACAGAAACUCCUUCGACCUCUCCAACUCCGGCUUCCUCUCGCCCACCCAGGCCCAAUACCAGCAGCCGCCUCAUAUACAAAACCACAAUUUCCUCCAAUCCCAGGGCAACCUCUCCGCCCACGCCAGCCCUCAAUUUGGUGCCCAAAGUAACAACAACCUCUUCCCCGACCCCUUCGCUCAGGGCAACGCUGCCGGAAACAACGGGGGGUUCGAUACCCAAUUCUUCCCGGGUGGCGACAACUCGCAGGGACAGUUUAGCGAUCCCUCGUUCUCGCUAGAUCCGCAGCUUCUCGACGCGCCAACGACCCAGGGCCAGGCGAUUGACCCCACCAACCUCAUGUCUGCUACCGCGCAUUCCCCUACCCCGCCCCAUCUCCUCCAGCCCGACAUGCCGCGGCAUUCGAGCACCAGCCCGCACGCGUCGCCAAACCUCAACCAGGGUGGGUUCGGUUCGGGGAGACACUCUAGGCAGACGUCGCUAGACCCCUCGACGGCCUUUACACAACCGCAGGUGGAUUGGAAUGGCGUGCCCUUUAGGGGUCAUCGGCGUGCACCUUCAGACACGUAUUCCGACGUCUCGUCUAAUCACCCGUCUCCGUACUUGGGCAACAACGAGCCUUUUGACGAUAACCCGUCGCCAUUGCUGGGCGCGCAGCAGGAUCCCGCCAUGUUUCAGGAAGUCGGGAUGAAUUUUACCCAGUUUUCGCUUUCAGACAAUGCGAACCAAUCUUUGACUCCAGGACAUAGUCCGCACAUUUCCCCGCGUCUCAUGCCCCAGCAAUCUGCUCUGCCGCCGUUCACCGCUGCGAACAACUAUGGCUUGACUCCCGUGCUGAGCAACCAGAACAACAGCAAUUCAGGCCUGGACAUGUUCCCCGGUGGUGGGCAGGAACCUUUCCCGGCACUCUCCCAUAAUGAUAACUUCGAAUACGGCGCAUCGGACCAGAUGUCGCCGCCAGAGAUCAACAUUGAUUUUGCGCCGCCAUCGCGGCAGCAGAGUUUUGAGCCCCCGAAACCGGAGGGCGAUGCGUCUAACGCGUUGAGCCCGCCCGAUAGGAGUCGCAGCCGUAAUCGCAUGCGCGCAAAGUCCGAUCCCUUCAGCGGAGCCAGCACGCGCGCAUCGACCCCCGCCAGCGGGAACUCGGAGCCCGCGGGCUCUCUCCAUCCCAACGCCGCAAAGCUGUCUCCAUCGCGAUCGCCCUCGCCCGGCUCUAGGUCCUCGCGCCGCUCCUCGACCUCCAGCAUCAACCCACAACGAGAUUACAUGCUCGGACUUGCAGAUCCGAACAGACCCUCUCCCGGUGCUUCACCUCAGGGCGGUAGCCCCGGUGCGGAAAGCGUCGCGAGCAAUGGUGGUGGUGGUGGUGGUGGUGGUGGUGGUAGCAAGCGGACACAAAAGCAUCCUGCGACAUUCCAGUGCUCUCUAUGUCCUAAGCGCUUUACGCGCGCCUACAACCUGCGAUCCCAUCUUCGCACGCACACCGAUGAGCGCCCGUUCGUAUGCAGCGUAUGCGGCAAAGCCUUUGCGCGACAGCAUGACCGCAAGCGGCACGAGGGCCUCCACAGCGGUGAGAAGAAGUUUGUCUGCCGCGGCGUGCUGAAAGACGGCAACGGGUGGGGCUGCGGGCGGCGUUUCGCACGCGCCGACGCGCUAGGCCGCCAUUUCCGCAGCGAAGCGGGCCGCGUGUGCAUCCGACCACUGCUGGAAGAAGAAGCAGCAGAAAAGGGCUGGGACCUGGGCGCCGCGAGCCAGGCACAAGCAGUGCCGGGCCAGCCCGCGCCGCAGACAAGCAUGCUCGGCGCGCCCGGCGGCAUGGGCCACCCUGGCGGCCUGGGCAUGCCCUUCCAGCAUCAUCAGCAGCAACAACAGCCCUUCGACCCAUUCUCGGCGCCGCCGCCGCACCAACAGCACCCGGCGUUUGCGCCGCACUCGUAUAUCCCCGCCGCGCUGCUGCAACAGUACCCCGCGCUUGCGGGACUACAGUGGGACGCGCUGGGCCCCGGCCCGAACGGCGCGGGGGCCGAGGAUCUGGGCGACAUGGUCGACGACGAUGCGUACAGUGCGCGCAGCAGCUUUGAUGCGAGCAGUACGGGCGACGGGGUGUGGGAUGGGGAUGGGGGCAUGGGGUGGGCGAGCGAUUCGGGGCAGGGGGUCGAAUCGAGGUGA